AUGGGGGCGGGAGCAGACGUUCCCCUGCCAGACAUAGAGCGGCUGCUGCAGCAGCAGCAGCAGCAGCAGCAGCAGCAGCAGCAGCAGCAGCAGAAGCAGGACGGACUUGAGCUGGCGGAGCAGCUGCUGGAUGCUUACGAAGUGGCGGCGACGCUCAUCAAUGCCACCCCGGCAUUCGCAGAGACAGAGACAACAGAACCACACCUAGGAGACAAAAGGAGGGGCAACCGCCAAAGAGACAAACAGCAGCAGCUGCUGCAGCAACAGCAGCAGAAGCAGCAGCAGCAAAGAAAGCUGCUGCGUCUAGAUAAACCACCGGCGGCCGUCGAGAGAGAGAGAGAAGGGCCCCCGGUUUUGAAAAUGUGUCUGUUGCUGUUGCUGCUGCUGCUGCUGCUGCUGCUGCAGCAGCAGCAACCGCAGCAGCAGCAGCAGCAGCAGCAGCAGCGCAACAACUAUCAGCGCCGCAGCUGUCGAUACACUGCAGCAUUCCUCCAGCUGCUUCCCUCUGAUCUUAAAAAAAAGAAAAACAAAGAGGCGGCCUGCUGCAGCAGCAGCUGCAGCAGCAGCAGCAGCAGCAGCAGCAGCAGCAGCAAGCACGGGAGCAACACGCAGCCCGAGAGAGAGAAACUCCGCAGCUGCAGCAGGAGCAGCAGCAGCAGCAGCAGCAGCGGUAGCUGCAGCAGCAGCAGCAUCAGCAGCAGCAGCACCUUUGCUGCUGCAGGGAGAUCCCCGUUGCUGCUUUCUCGGAGCUGCCCUUCUGCAGCAGCAGCAACAGCAGCAACAGCAGCAGCAGCAACAGCAGCAGCAGCAGCGACAGCAGCAGCAGAAGCAGAGCAUGCAUCUCUCUUGCUGCUUGCUGCAGCAGCAGGAUUAACAAAAGAAGAAACAGCAGCACUUGUGAAUCUGAGAGCAGCAAAACCCUUCUCUCUCCCUCCUCCUCCGCUGCUGCCCCCGCAGCAGCAGCAGCAGCAGCAGCAGCAACAGCAGCAGCAGCAGCAGCAGCAGCUGUUGCGCGCAUUUGCAGAGAAGGAUCGGCGACUUCAGGGCGUUACUCUUGACGAGAAGGAUCGGCGACUUCAGGGCGUUACUCUUGACGAAGCAAUUCGGGUUGAGGGUCUUCCUGCUGCAGCAGCAAACGCAUGCGGCCAGCACUACAACCACUCUUUUUUUUUUGAGGGUCACUUCGGCAGCGGGUGGGUUUGGUUGUGUUUUGACGGCAGCAAGGGGCUUAUAGUGGAAACCCACGACGCAGCAACAGUCUCUGCUGCUCUCUCUCCUCUUCUUGUUCUUGACGUGUGGGAGCACGCCUACUAUUUGGAUUAUAAAAAUUCCCGCGCGGCUUACCUAGACAGUUUCUGGGGGGCUAUGAAUUGGGAUGUGGUGGAGCGGCGGCUAGAAGUAGCAGAAAGAGCCAGAGGCCUCUGA